CUCUAGCUGCGAGUGCGUUUUGUGACUUCCCGGUAGAGUCAGCAGAUGGUCCAAUGGCAAACAGGCGGACCAGAGGCAUGACCGGCUCAGACCUGAGCAGGACCAGCAGCACCACGGACCGGGCCGUAGCUAUAGCCGAGCAGCUGCACCACGAGUGCUCCAUCUUACUGGAACUUUAUAGGAAGAGGGAAAAUUUCGUUGCAGAUGUUCCCGUGUCCGACGGUCGUCUUGUGUCCGUCCCACUUCCGUCCUCCCAGCUGGACACCAGGGACAAGCUCUGGUGUGUCCACUCAGCUCUGCUGCAGUGCCGCAGCUUGAUGGAGAGAGCCGUCGCCAAAGAGAAAGAAGAGCUGGACGACGGGAGGAAGUCUGAGUACGAGACUCAGAGGAAGAUGGUGAAAGACAGAUUGUCCUUUCUCAUAAUCAGCAUUGGAGAACUUCUCAAGGCGAUGGAUGGCACGGCGGGCAUGACUCCCAGUGUGGAGGGGUUAGAGUUAGACGGUCCAACAGGCCUGUUUGAGCUGAAGCUUUGGGUGUACCGGAUCUAUAAAGAAGUGGACUACUGGACCAAGACUGCCAUCACCACCUUGCAAGCCCUGCCUGCCAUUACAGCCAAGGAGCGAGUGAGGACCAGGCUAGUCAGGAGCACGAGGAGUGUGAGACGAUAAGAUCAGGACAUGGGAAAGUGUGUGUGAGUGAGUGAGGUGGAGUAAUGAGAGAAGAGAGCCGUUAAGGAGCAAAAGAGGUGAGUGAAGGGGAUGAAAGGAAAGAGAUGGAGCCACGUGCUCAAAGAGGGGCCACAGUGAGAAACUGACAUGUACUGCACUGACAAGGUGAAAGAGAGAAUCCCUCAUAAACAGAGGCCUUAGACAUGGAGGGAACAAGUGACACGACCCGUAUCUAUCACACCUUUAUGCACCAUUUGUUUUUUGUAUGACAGGUUCUAAUACGACUUUUUAUUUAUUGCUCUAACUUGUUACUUGUUCAAAUGCAGAAUUUCUUUCUUUAUUUCUCUCACGUUCUUUUAUUGAGUACACAGAAUGAUUAAUACAUAUUUUUAACAUGCUGAUGACACAGUCACAUUCAUUGUUUCCCCUCAUGCAUACUCAAGUUUGACAGAGCUGAAGUUCUAAUUUUAAGAUAUACUGACGGGAUCCUCUGCAGCUGACGGGAUAUAGUCAGCAAGGGGCACAUUCUGAUGAAAAUUAGGACAUUGAAAUUCAUGCCACACCACCAGAAUGUAACUCUGAAUAUGUGUGGUUAUGAAUCCUGCAGCUUUAAAUCAUUCCACAUAGAUUAUCAUCUAGGGAUGUGAAAUGUAUGAAGAGAGAAAAUGUGUGCAACAGCACCCUCUGGUGUUAACAUGGUGCUACUACAUGAAUGUAUUCCUUCUUUCUUGCUUGAUUUUUCUAAGUAAUGUUAAAUUACUCUUCAUUGUUGUUGUUUUGUUAUGUUUAAGAUUUUUAUUUGCAAUGAAUGAUGAGAGUCCUCAUCAGAGUGAAGCACCUCCAAAGUCCAAACUGAAAGGCGUACAAACGUGCACAUGUGCAAGCAGAGAGGCGAAUGUAAAAACUGUACAAUGUAAAAAGACAUUUCAACUUGAGGGAUAAACGAUCGGAGUCUUUUUCUUUUCAUAUUUGAUGCAUAGUUUAACCGUUUGAAAUAACAGUUCUACAUUUGAUCUUAAAUUCAUAUUGUACAAUGGAUAUGUUACAGCUGUCACUGUUCAUGACAAAGUCUCUGAAGAUUUAAAACAAAGUUAUCCCUUGGCUAAACUAAGAAGCCAGAUGGAGGGACACAAACGUUUUUCAAGCACAAAUCUUAUUUAGACUGAAUUCAGUCUCAUGAAAGUAAAGACAGACUGUUAUUUAUCCAAUGGUCAGUUGCAGCUUGAAGCUUUAAUCAAAAUUUUGUUCAUGUGUUUAUUUGUAGAAGAUUCAUUCAAGGAGCAAUAUGUAACUUACAGGUAGCAUUUAUAAUAUCUACUGCGAGAGCUGUCUCCCCCUGCCCCCUCCUCCAAGUCGAUGUGCAUGCAGGUCGGCAUGUCGCGGACACUGAAGCUUCAGUGUUUAGCCAGUUCUCUAUCAGUCUUGAAACUUUUCUGCGUUCUUCUAAACUCUAUCCAUUUUUCAAAAGCAUCUCCAAUAUUUAUCCUAGUUUUACCACGUUUCUGUUCGUGCAGCUUGUUAGAGAAAUCUGCUUUUUUAAGAUUUAUUUUUGGGCUUUUUUGGGGGGCUUUAUUGGACAGAUAGGGCUGUGGAUAGAGCUGGAAAUCAGGGAGAGAGAGAGAGAG